AUGGUAAAUAACAUUAUCAGCACCUUCCGUCACCGUUUCGGUGGUUUUUGUGUUUCUGUUUUUGAAAUCCUUCAAUGCCAUUGCUUUAAUUUGAUUAAUUCUCAUAUACCAAAAUACAAGCAUGAGAUUGUUGGUGUUGUGACAAAGGUGGGAAGCAAAGUAGAAAAGUUCAAAGUUGGAGACAAAGUGGGUGUGGGCUUUAUGGUUGAUUCAUGUCGAGCUUGUGAAAACUGUGAGAAAAAUCUUGAGAAUUACUGCCCUAAAUAUACUCCCACAAGCGGCGCAACCACACCCGGUGGCUACUCUGACUCCAUGGUUGCAGAUGAGCUCUUAGUGGUUCGCAUUCCUGAUGAGUUACCUCUUGAUGCUGUUGUACCUCUCCUUUGUGCUGGUAUCACUGUGUAUAGUCCUCUUAGAUGUUAUGGACUAGACAAGCACGGGCUUCGUAUAGGUGUUUUUGGGCUUGGCGGGCUUGGUCGCAUAGCUGUGAAAUUCGCAAAAGCUUUCAGUGCUAAUGUUAUUGUAAUUAGUACAUCGCCUAACAAAGAAAAUGAGGCAUUAGAACACUUGGGGGCGGACUCAUUUCUGAUAAGCCACGACCAAGAAAAGUUGCAGAUAUAGAUUCAGAUUUUAUGAUACUUAAAUAUUAGCAAUGGUAAUCAAUUAACUAUAACUAAUUAUGGUAACAAUUUUAUAGG